AUGAACAUUUUAAAUGGAUUAUAUGAUGAGGUUGAUGUGGCGGACUCUUUGAAUUUUCCUCAAACAUCAAAAUUAGAGCACGAAAAGAUUGACAAUUUAAAAAUAUUUGACGAUGACUUUGAAAAGAUGGUUGAACAUAUGAAGUUAUCAAUACAUUUACCACAAUCACAUGAGCUAGAGGAUGAAAAUAUGUUUGAUUUAAGUCUACUAGGUGAAGGGUUUGAAAAAAUGGAAGAUUCAGACAAUUUUUUAACUCAUUUACAACAAACAGCAGUUCGAGAUGCUAAAUUGCAAACCCAUAUUGAAGAUUGUGAAAAAAUUAAUGAAACUAAAAUAAAAAUGCCCCAACAGGGACAAAACAUACUCAAAUUUAAGAACUUUAAAAACAAGGAGAAGACUCCUUUCAUAGUUUAUUCAGAUUUGGAAAGCGUGUUAAAAUUAACCAACGAUCUAAAGAAACCACAGCUACACGUUCCAGCUGCUGUAGGAGAAAAUUGCAUGCAAUGGUUUGCAGAUGAAAUAGCUCAAUUAGCUGAAGAUAUAGCAACAGUAUUUUGGUGCCCAUAUGAUAUUGAUAUGACUGCUGACCAGGAAGCUGAAUUUAGAAAAGCAACACACUGUCAUAUAUGUGAAGAGCCAUUUACUGCCGAAGAUAAAAAAGUUAGAGACCAUUUUCAUUUAAUUCCAAACAAUAACUAUAGAGGCGCUUCACAUGAAGAAUGCAACUUAAAUUAUCAAGACACCCAUGUUGUUCCAGUUGUUUUUCAUAAUUUGAGUGGUUAUGACGCCCACUUUAUAAUUACAGACAUUGCGACCCAAAUGAAAGGAACUAUUGAUCUUUUACCGAUCACCAAAGAAAAAUACAUAUCUUUUACAAAGCACAUUAAUGAGUAUCCAGUAAAAUUCCGAUUUAUCGAUAGUUUUCGAUUUAUGGCUUCAUCUUUAGAUAAGUUGUCAUCAUAUCUUGAAGAAUUUCCUAAUUUAAAGAGUCAGUUCCAGGAGUUACCCGAAAAAAAGUUUAAUCUGCUUACAAAGAAGGGUGUAAUGCCAUAUGACUACUUUGACUCUUUUGAUCGAUUUAGCGAAACAUGUUUACCUCCAAUUGACUCAUUUUAUAACAUGUUGGAGGAUAAGCCCUGCCCUAGUAGGAUGUAUCUUCGAUCAAAUCAUGUUUGGAAUCAAUUUGCAUGUAAAAAUUUGGGGGAAUAUGUAGAUUUAUACUUGAAGACUGAUAUUAUGCUUCUUGCAGACGUUUUUGAACGGUUUCGCACUAGCUGUCGCAAAACGUAUAAUUUGGAACCUGCAAAAUAUUUUACCCUACCUGGUUUCACUUUUGAUGCUAUGCUGAAGCAUACAAAUCAAGAGAUUGAACUAUUAACAGAUAUUGAUAUGUUUUUAUUUGUUGAAAAAGGCAUACGGGGAGGUUUAUCUCAAGUUUGCUCGAAACGACGAUCUCACGCAAAUAAUAGAUAUAUGCCUUCCUAUGAUACCUCUAAAACAGACUCUUAUCUAAUGUAUUUUGAUAUUAAUAAUCAAUAUGGCUAUGCUAUGUCCCAACCACUUCCAUAUGCGGGAUUUGAAUGGGCUGACACUAACAUUGAUGUGACCACAAUUCCUGAUGAUGCUGCUGAAGGAUAUAUGUUAGAGGUAGACCUGGAAUAUCCUGAACAUCUUCACGACCAUCAUAAAGAUAUACCAUUUUGUGCUGAACAUAUUAAUCCAAAGACUAGUAAGCCUCCAAAAACCUGUAAAGAACUCACCAAAUUAAUGGCUACCCUUCAUUCAAAAACAAAGUAUGUGAUCCACUACCGCACUUUAAAGCAAGCUUUAGCUCAUGGAUUGAGACUUACCGAAAUACAUAGAGUAUUGAAAUUUAAACAGAGUCCUUGGCUGAAGAGCCACAUCGACCUCAACACUGAGCUACGUAAAAAGGCCACGAAUGAGUUUGAGAAAAAUUUAUUCAAACUAAUGAACAAUGCUGUUUUCGGUAAAACUCUCGAAUCGGUUCGUAAAAGAUUAUCAGUGAAGCUACUAAAUAAAUGGGAGGGUAGGUAUGGGGCGGAAUUCUUCAUUAGUAAACCCGAAUUUAAAAAUUGUGUGAUAUUUAACGAGAACUUGGUAGCUGUUGAACUAAGAAAGUUGGAAAUAUAUUUAAAUAAGCCAAUCUAUAUUGGACAAGCUAUUCUUGAUCUAGCAAAGACUACUACAUACGAUUUUCAUUAUGAUUAUAUAACAUCAAAGUUUGAGGAAUGCUCCGCGUUGUACACGGAUACGGAUAGUUUGAUAUAUGAAAUUCGAAAUCAAAAUCCCUAUGACGUCAUAAAGCGAGAUUGUUACAAAUAUUUUGAUACAUCUGACUAUGAGCAGCCUAAUAUUUAUAAUAUUCCAUCGGUAAAUAAAAAAGUGUUAGGUUUAAUGAAAGAUGAAAAUAAUGGUAUUCCAAUGACCGAUUUUGUGGGGCUUAGAUCAAAAAUAUAUUUAACAAAAGUAGUGCAAACUGAAGCAGAUAUUAAGAAAAAAAGAAGAAAGCUUGAAGAAGAGGCAUAUGAUGGGGAUGAAAUUGAUGAAAUUAUUAAAAAUUUUGGUGUUUCAAAAAAGGCAAAGGGAGUAAAGUCAUCUGUUGUCAAGACAAAAAUCAAUUUUUCAGAUUUUAUUGACUGUCUAGAAACUUGCACAAAAGUGGUUACCCAAAAUUUAAUACGCUCGGAAAAACAUAAAGUACAUUCAAUUAAACAGGAAACAAUAGCUUUAAGUGUUCAAGAUGAUAAACGAUAUCUAAUACCUGAUUCCAAUGAAACUUUACCCUGGGGACACUAUUCGAUUAAAUAA